AUGAUUCCAGAUUUAUCUGAACUAAACGAGCAAAGCACCUACGUUCGUCGACGCACAUGGACAAAGGAAGAUGCCGAUGAGUAUCUAAACCAAACUCAUUCGUCAAGUAUUGAAAGGAGCAGCACCGAGCAAAACGUGACCAACCGUAGAUUGACCUGGACGAAGGAAGACUUUGAAAACGUUGAUCUUACCAAAUUAAAGCAAACUACAAAUGUCAUUGAGAAGCGACAACCCAUUCGCCACGAAGAUAACCUUCGUCCGGAGGGAGACUUCGAACGUCCCGAAAAGAGUCAAUUUCGACCAGCCGAACGUCCGAAACAGUUUCGACCGGAGGAUAACUUGAGACCUGAAGGAUCUUUCGAAUCUCCCGACAAGCCAAAGUACCAACCUGGUGAAAGACAGAAGCCAAUUCGUCACGACGACAAUCUUCGCCCAGAGGGUGACUUUGAACGUCCCGAGAGGAGUCCAUUCCGACCAGCUGAAAGGCCCAAACAAAUUCGUCCGGAGGAUAACUUGAGACCGGAAGGCACAUUUGACUCUCCGGAGAAGACAAAAUAUCAACCAGGAGAAAGACCGAAGCCAAUUCGUCAUGAUGACAAUCUACGUCCAGAAGGAGACUUUGAGCGUCCUGAGAAGAGCCAGUUUAGACCGGCCGAUAGGCCCAAGCAGGUUCGUCCAGAGGAUAACUUGAAACCUGAAGGAGACUUCGAACGCCCUGAGAAGAGUCCAUUCCGGCCAGCUGAAAGGCCCAAACAAGUUCGUCCGGAGGAUAACUUGAGACCCGAAGGCACAUUUGACUCUCCGGAGAAGACAAAAUAUCAACCAGGAGAAAGACCGAAGCCAAUUCGUCAUGAUGACAAUCUACGUCCAGAAGGAGACUUUGAGCGUCCUGAGAAGAGCCAGUUUAGACCGGCCGAUAGGCCCAAGCAGGUUCGUCCAGAGGAUAACUUGAAACCUGAAGGAGACUUCGAACGCCCCGAGAAGAGUCCAUUCCGGCCAGCUGAAAGGCCCAAACAAAUUCGUCCGGAGGAUAACUUGAGACCGGAAGGCACAUUUGACUCUCCGGAGAAGACAAAAUAUCAACCAGGAGAAAGACCGAAGCCAAUUCGUCAUGAUGACAAUCUACGUCCAGAAGGAGACUUUGAGCGUCCUGAGAAGAGCCAGUUUAGACCGGCCGAUAGGCCCAAGCAGGUUCGUCCAGAGGAUAACUUGAAACCUGAAGGAGACUUCGAACGCCCCGAGAAGAGUCCAUUCCGGCCAGCUGAAAGGCCCAAACAAAUUCGUCCGGAGGAUAACUUGAGACCGGAAGGCACAUUUGACUCUCCGGAGAAGACAAAAUAUCAACCAGGAGAAAGACCGAAGCCAAUUCGUCAUGAUGACAACUUACGUCCAGAAGGAGACUUUGAGCGUCCUGAGAAGAGUCCAUUCCGACCAGCCGAAAGACCCAAGCAAAUUCGGCCGGAGGAUAACUUGAGACCCGAAGGGUCUUUCGAAUCUCCUGAGAAGCCGAAGUACCAGCCUGGUGAAAGACAGAAGCCAAUUCGUCAUGAUGACAAUCUUCGUCCCGAAGGAGACUUCGAACGCCCCGAGAAGAGUCCAUUCAAACCAGCUGAGCGUCCGAAACAGGUUCGUCCAGAGGAUAAUUUGAGACCAGAAGGAGAGUUCGAAAGACCUGAACCAGUUGGGUAUAGCUAUGUGCAAAGGUCACAGGUAAUAAGACAAGAGGAUAAUCUUUUCCUGGAAGGUAAUUUUGAACGAAUAGAAAAGACCGUGUAUGUAGCAGGAGAUCGUCCGAAACCGAUAAAACACGAUGACAAUCUACGCCCAGAAGGUGAGUUUGAACGUCCGGAAAAAAGUCAGUUCAGACCAGCGGAUAGGCCCAAGCAAGUUCGUCCGGAGGACAAUUUGAGACCAGAAGGAGAUUUCGAACGCCCUGAGAAGAGUCCAUUUCGACCAGCCGAAAGGCCCAAGCAAAUACGCCCGGAGGAUAACUUGAGGCCAGAAGGAACUUUUGAAUCUCCAGAGAAGCCGAUAUACCAGCCCGGUGAAAGACAGAAACCAAUUCGCCAUGACGACAACCUUCGUCCUGAAGGUGAUUUCGAACGUCCCGAGAAGAGUAAGUUUAGACCUGCCGAAAGACCUGUACAAGUUCGUCCAGAGGAUAACCUAAGACCUGAAGGAGAUUUCGAACGUCCAGAAAAAAGUCCCUUCCGACCAGCAGAGAGACCUAAGCAGAUUCGCCCGGAGGAUAAUUUGAGACCCGAAGGAUCUUUUGAAUCUCCCGAGAAACCGAAGUACCAGCCUGGUGAAAGACAGAAGCCAAUUCGCCAUGACGACAAUCUUCGCCCAGAAGGAGAUUUCGAACGUCCCGAGAAGAGUCCAUUCAAACCAGCAGAACGUCCGAAACAAGUACGUCCCGAGGAUAACUUGAGACCUGAAGGAGACUUCGAACGCCCCGAGAAGAGUCCAUUCCGACCAGCCGAAAGACCCAAGCAAAUUCGGCCGGAGGAUAACUUGAGACCCGAAGGGUCUUUCGAAUCUCCUGAGAAGCCGAAGUACCAGCCUGGUGAAAGACAGAAGCCAAUUCGUCAUGAUGACAAUCUUCGUCCCGAAGGAGACUUCGAACGUCCCGAGAAGAGUCCAUUCAAACCAGCUGAGCGUCCGAAACAGGUUCGUCCGGAGGAUAAUUUGAGACCAGAAGGAGAGUUCGAAAGACCUGAACCAGUUGGGUAUAGCUAUGUGAAAAGGUCACAGGUAAUAAGACAAGAGGAUAAUCUUUUCCUGGAAGGUAACUUUGAACGGAUAGAAAAGACCGUGUAUGUAGCAGGAGAUCGUCCGAAACCGAUAAGACACGAUGACAAUCUACGCCCAGAAGGAGAUUUUGAACGUCCAGAAAAAAGUCCAUUCCGACCAGCAGAGAGACCUAAGCAGAUUCGCCCGGAGGAUAAUUUGAGACCCGAAGGAUCUUUCGAAUCUCCUGAGAAGCAGAAGUAUCAGCCUGGUGAAAGACAGAAGCCAAUUCGCCAUGACGACAAUCUUCGCCCAGAAGGAGAUUUCGAACGUCCCGAGAAGAGUCCAUUCAAACCAGCAGAACGUCCGAAACAGGUACGUCCGGAGGAUAACUUGAGACCUGAAGGAGACUUCGAACGCCCCGAGAAGAGUCCAUUCCGACCAGCCGAAAGACCCAAGCAAAUUCGGCCGGAGGAUAACUUGAGACCCGAAGGAUCUUUUGAAUCUCCUGAGAAGCCGAAGUAUCAGCCUAGUGAAAGACAGAAGCCAAUUCGUCAUGACGAUAAUCUUCGCCCAGAGGGUAACUUCGAACGUCCAGAAAAGAGUCCAUUCAAACCAGCUGAAAGGCCUAAACAAGUUCGUCCGGAAGAUAAUUUGAGACCUGAAGGAGACUUCGAACGCCCCGAGAAGAGUCCAUUCCGACCAGCCGAAAGACCUAAGCAAAUACGCCCGGAGGAUAACUUGAGGCCAGAAGGAUCUUUUGAAUCUCCCGAGAAGCCGAAGUACCAGCCUGGUGAAAGACAGAAGCCAAUUCGCCAUGACGACAAUCUUCAUCCAGAAGGAGAUUUCGAACGCCCAGAAAAGAGUCCAUUCAGACCAGCAGAACGUCCGAAACAGGUACGUCCGGAGGAUAACUUAAGACCUGAAGGAGACUUCGAACGCCCUGAGAAGAGUCCAUUCCGACCAGCCGAAAGACCCAAGCAAAUACGCCCGGAGGAUAAUUUGAGACCAGAGGGAUCUUUUGAAUCUCCCGACAAGCCGAAGUACCAGCCUGGUGAAAGACAGAAGCCAAUUCGUCAUGAUGACAAUCUUCGCCCAGAGGGUGAAUUCGAACGUCCAGCAAAGAGUCCAUUCAAACCAGCUGAAAGGCCCAAGCAGGUUCGUCCGGAGGAUAAUUUGAGACCUGAAGGAGACUUCGAACGUCCCGAGAAGAGUCCAUUCCGACCAGCCGAAAGACCUAAGCAAAUACGCCCGGAGGAUAACUUGAAACCAGAAGGAUCUUUUGAAUCUCCCGAGAAGCCGAUAUACCAGCCCGGUGAAAGACAGAAGCCAAUUCGCCAUGACGACAAUCUUCAUCCAGAAGGAGAUUUCGAACGUCCAGAAAAGAGUCCAUUCAGACCAGCAGAACGUCCGAAACAGGUACGUCCGGAGGAUAACUUGAGACCUGAAGGAGACUUCGAACGCCCCGAGAAGAGUCCAUUCCGACCAGCUGAAAGACCUAAGCAAAUACGCCCGGAGGAUAACUUGAAACCAGAAGGAUCUUUUGAAUCUCCCGAGAAGCCGAUAUACCAGCCCGGUGAAAGACAGAAGCCAAUUCGCCAUGACGACAAUCUUCAUCCAGAAGGAGAUUUCGAACGUCCAGAAAAGAGUGCAUUCAGACCAGCAGAACGUCCGAAACAGGUACGUCCGGAGGAUAACUUGAGACCUGAAGGAGACUUCGAACGCCCCGAGAAGAGUCCAUUCCGACCAGCUGAAAGACCUAAGCAAAUACGCCCGGAGGAUAACUUGAAACCAGAAGGAUCUUUUGAAUCUCCCGAGAAGCCAAUGUACCAGCCUGGUGAAAGACAGAAGCCAAUUCGCCAUGACGACAAUCUUCAUCCAGAAGGAGAUUUCGAACGUCCAGAAAAGAGUCCAUUCAGAUCAGCAGAACGUCCGAAACAGGUACGUCCAGAGGAUAACUUAAGACCUGAAGGAGACUUCGAACGCCCCGAGAAGAGUCCAUUCCGACCAGCCGAAAGGCCCAAGCAAAUACGCCCGGAGGAUAACUUGAAACCAGAAGGAUCUUUUGAAUCUCCCGAGAAGCCGAAGUACCAGCCUGGUGAAAGACAGAAGCCAAUUCGCCAUGACGAUAAUCUUCAUCCAGAAGGAGAUUUCGAACGUCCAGAAAAGAGUCCAUUCAGAUCAGCAGAACGUCCGAAACAGGUACGUCCAGAGGAUAACUUAAGACCUGAAGGAGACUUCGAACGCCCCGAGAAGAGUCCAUUCCGACCAGCCGAAAGGCCCAAGCAAAUACGCCCGGAGGAUAACUUGAAACCAGAAGGAUCUUUUGAAUCUCCCGAGAAGACGAAGUACCAGCCUGGUGAAAGACAGAAGCCAAUUCGUCAUGAUGACAAUCUUCGUCCAGAGGGUGACUUCGAACGUCCAGAAAAAAGUCCAUUCAAACCAGCUGAAAGGCCCAAGCAGGUUCGUCCGGAGGAUAAUUUGAAACCUGAAGGGGACUUCGAACGUCCCGAGAAGAGUCCAUUCCGACCAGCCGAAAGACCUAAGCAAAUACGCCCGGAGGAUAACUUGAGACCCGAAGGAUCAUUUGAAUCUCCUGAGAAGCCGAAAUAUCAACCUGGUGAAAGACAGAAGCCAAUUCGCCAUGACGACAAUCUUCAUCCAGAAGGAGAUUUCGAACGUCCAGAAAAGAGUCCAUUCAGAUCAGCAGAACGUCCGAAACAGGUACGUCCAGAGGAUAACUUAAGACCUGAAGGAGACUUCGAACGCCCCGAGAAGAGUCCAUUCCGACCAGCCGAAAGGCCCAAGCAAAUACGCCCGGAGGAUAACUUGAAACCAGAAGGAUCUUUUGAAUCUCCCGAGAAGACGAAGUACCAGCCUGGUGAAAGACAGAAGCCAAUUCGUCAUGAUGACAAUCUUCGUCCAGAGGGUGACUUCGAACGUCCAGAAAAAAGUCCAUUCAAACCAGCUGAAAGGCCCAAGCAGGUUCGUCCGGAGGAUAAUUUGAGACCUGAAGGAGACUUCGAACGUCCCGAGAAGAGUCCAUUCCGACCAGCCGAAAGACCUAAGCAAAUACGCCCGGAGGAUAACUUGAGGCCAGAAGGAUCUUUUGAAUCUCCCGAGAAGCCGAAGUACCAGCCUGGUGAAAGACAGAAGCCAAUUCGCCAUGACGAUAAUCUUCAUCCAGAAGGAGAUUUCGAACGUCCAGAAAAGAGUCCAUUCAGAUCAGCAGAACGUCCGAAACAGUACAUCAUCAGCAUCUUCCCAGCUGUUGUGCGGUUCGGACGCUGA